UUUAGCCAAUCAGCAUUAAGAACGAAACCGCUAUCAAAAUAACAGAAAUUGAUACACAACCGUCUUCAAUUUCUUUCAAUUUAUUUAGUACUGAUGUAUCUCAGGGUAUAACCAUUCUCAGGAAUACAAAAUGAAAGUUGUAAGCCAUAAAGGAAGACGAAGCUUUAUUCUUCGCCGCCAGAAUCGUAACAACUCGGGAUGGUCAGAUUUCACUUCCUCGUCUUCCUACCAACACACUUCAUAUACCUCACACAUACAGUUGAAGCCCCGAACCCGGAGUGAUGUAACAAUAUGGUCCCUUCCUGAAGAACUACUCAUACACUUGAUGAAAGGCCUACACAUCAAAGAUUUGCUCAAUAUAAGAUCUGUUCACAGUCAUUUCCGUGAUAUUAUUGAUAGCUACUCUACAUUGUGGUCAGGAGUCAGCUUUAGAAAUGCCUGGCCAUCUUUACCAAAUAUGCUGCAUUUUGAAAGAGCUGCUGAAAAUGGAAACAUAGAGUCUCUGAUUAAACUAGGCAUAGCAUACCUGUAUAACGAAGGAUUACCUGGUGAUUUUGAAGGUAAGAAAAUCCUGGCAAAUGGUACAAAGGCUGCAGAGAUGUUCUGCAGAGUUGAAAGCCUCACCCCUCAUACUGCACCAUUCACCUGGCUGUUCAUAAGACCACCUUGGACUGUCUCAGGGGCCUGUUGCAAGGAAUGUGUAUUCAAUGAUAUGGUGAAAUACUGUGCAAAGCAUGGUGACCCAUCAGUUCAGAUAUGUGUAGCUAAGACACUGCUACUGUUGGAGGAUGAAGAGACAAGGAAUAUGGAGGCAGUGACAUACUUAGAGCAAGCCACAUCUCAUAGUUCACCCCUGGCUGCUUUUCUGCUAUGGGAGCAAAGAUACUCAAAUAUAGUUUGUGAUCGGGCCAUGGAGUUGCAAAGUAUUCGUGAGCUACGUGACAUCUCCUGUACAGUGCAAAUAGACAGCCAACUGAGGCUUUGUCAGUUCUAUGCUCAGGGAAAAUAUGGCGGUGUCUCAGCCAGGCAAGCAGCUUCAUUCAUGAGAGACUUGGUGCUGUCUUCUCAACCCACAAACCUGCACUUGAUCCUCACUCGCAAUGUUGAACUCACACAGUCUAUGAGGUAUAUCCUAGUAGAUUGGCUUGUAGAAGUUGCAGGCAUGAAGGAUUUCUCCAGCCUAACGCUUCAUGUUGCAAUCAACAUGGUGGAUAGAUACCUCAAAGUUCAUGCUACAUCACGGUCAAAACUACAGCUUUUGGGAGUAGCUGCAAUGGUGGUUUGUUCUCGCUACUUGGGCAAGGAUAUAAUCACAAUCCGCGAAGCUGCUUGGCUCACUGAUAAUGCAUACAAAUAUGAAGAUGUUGUUCGAAUGAUGGGAGAAAUUAUUGCUACCCUAAAGGGGGAAAUAAGGGUGAUUACAAGUUUGGAUCUUGUGAAAAUAUUUGGUCAGUUAGCUAAGUUGGAGCAGACAUCCCAGUAUCUUGCUGAGUACAUUUGUGAACUGUCCCUCCUGAAGGCUGAGAUAGGACAAUACACACAGGCCAAAAUAGCUGCCAGCUGUGUACUCUUUGCCAGGCUAGCCAUGAAGCAAGAGUUCCCCUGGCCAAGUCACAUGGAAGACUUCACUGGACUCUCAGUAGAGGAUCUCAAACACUGUGUGCUGAAACUACAUGAGAAGAGUUUUACGGAAGGUUCAAUGGUUGACCACAGAGACAUUAUUCUACAGGCUGUGAAACAGCGCUACAGUGAUGAACAGUUCUCUAAUGUCAGCAACAUAGAAAUCCUGACAGCCAGGGAGUUGUGCCAGGCACUCGGGCUCUCAGACCUCAGCAGUCCUGACAAUGAUGUCAGAAUAUAUCUCCAUGGUGCCAAGGACCUGAUUGCAUCACCAUCUAGAGGAAACCAUAGAAACAGGAGAAAUCGUCCAUCCUCUGGUGAUCGUGCAGCUACUCCUACAAUGGAUUCAGACCAGAACAUGGCCAACCUGCUCAAUGAAUCUGCCAUGUCUGGAUACGAUGGUGACAAAGAAGAUGAAGGGGAGUCAUUCAUUGACUGUGAAGAUUUUGAUGACGAUGAAGAUCUUGUGAGCUUAUGGGGACCUGAUCAAUCACGUGUUAACAAUUCUGAGAGCCUAACAUUUCCUAAUAUGGAUGUAGAUGAUACACCUCCCAUUGAUCUCAACCAAAAUGUGCGAAUUUUGCGCCAUAGAUCUCCUACUAGAUAUUGUAGCGUUAACAAAUAUAAUGACUAUAAGGGGCCCACAGAAGGACCCCAUAGCUCAACUGAAAACAAUACUACAUCUGAUGUUAAGAUCUACAUUGACAGUGAUCACAAUGCAAUGAGCAGUGGCAAUAUCUCAGUUGUACAAGGCAGCAGCAGUAAUAGUAUACAUGGCAGCAUGGCCCAUACCUCAGCCUCAACCACUCUCACGUUGAGCAACAUAACCGGCAAUAGCAACAUAAUUAAACAUUAUGAGACACGCUCUCAGAGCAAGCUCAAUCAAGUGUCCAAUGCAAUCUCUAAAACCAGAACAGCAUUUCAAAGUCUUCCGAUAGACAGUGCCAAUGGUGCUACCACCUCAAAAACUAGAACAAACUCCAAGAGGAAAAGUACAAAUCAAAUGGGGAAUGAAAACAAACUGCAAGUUUUAUCAUAAGGACUCUAUGACCAGAAUGUUGCAGAUUUGCAGUAUAUAAGAUGUUUGUACUUUCUAUAAUGUGGAGUUUAUUGUGAGCAUUCCUUGAACUAUGCAUAAAUAUAGAUUAGGGUUUACAUAUUGUAAAUCAGGUGCUUAACCUACAGGGUGCUUGCACUUGGAUAUUAUUUUACAAUUUAAGUUAGCAUAUUUCUGUUACUAGGUGAUAAUGAGAUAAAUAUACAUUAUCUCCAAAUGGAAAUAGUAAUGCAUUUUGUAUUACACAAUUUUACCAAAAUAUAUUUAUUAUUAUUUGGUGUUUUGCAAAAUGAUAAUUACACAAGCAUUUAUAGUAUAAUCUAUACUAGAGUUGAAAUACAAUAAUGAUACCGCACUGACAAAUAUUUGACAUAUUUAAAGGACAUUUUAUUAUUGCUGUAAAACUGUCUCAAAUGCAGCUGUGUUAUAUGUUAUUAUACACCACUGACUGUUAUUCAAAAUGUUGCUCAAGUGGUCAGUGUGUGUACUAUGUAGGAAAUGUAAUGAUGUAGACUAGACUGUGUAUUUAAGUAGAUUAACUGUGUUCAUGUUGGUUAUAUAAUAGUAACAUAAUGAGAAUGUAUGUGGAGAGGGAGUACAUAUCUGAGGCCAAAUGUGUGAGAUUCAUCAUGUGAUAAACAUAGGUGAAUCACUGGAGUGUGUGUGAUGGUAUAUGAUGUUGCACCAAGCCCCUUAGGUCAGGAGGUGCCACUAACAAUCUCUUAUACAGAAUUGGGAAAUGAAGAGGAAUGGCCAGAGGCUUGGUGCAAAACUAUGUAACAUUGUCCUCUUUGUGAAAACAAUCUUGAUUACUUGAGAUCCUCUUAGUGCCAGUAUUUCGCAUAUAGUGUAAACAAGAAGGAUGUUUACAAUAAGAUUGGAGAAUAUGUAGCUUCAAUGAAAGAAACUAGCUUUAAAAGGAGAAUCAAAUCUAGCAGGUGGGCUUGACAAAAAUUGUUUCAAUUUUAAAAUACUUUUGGCUCAUAUCAUUCCUUAUCAUGUCUGUUUCUAAAAAUCCUCAAAGUGCAAACUUUAUUUCAGGAGAACUAAAGUUUUUUACACAAAUGUACAUGUAUUAUUUUUCUAUUAAUGUGAUUACCAUUUUAAUUAGUUUUU